AUGGGAACCAGCUCUGCUAUCUCGCAAGGUGUCUUCACGCCGGAAGAAUAUAGAGAGUUACUUCGUGCUGGUCUGGUAGUUUCGUCCUCUACAUAUACUCAAGGGUCAUUAAAUCUCUCCUCUCUGCCGAAGCUACCUUCAACCGCUGUCUCCGCCGCCAGUAGGGGUGGAUGGUCGCAGACCCCCGAGAUGGACCACCCUGUUCAAAGUGAUGCCCAGGCUCGAGCAGCGACUCUAUUUCUGUCCCUUCCAAAUACCGGGACCUAUUUACGAUUGCUCGGUGCUGGCCGUGCUCGUCUCCUCGCCCUUCUCCGCCGGUCAAGUUGCGCCGAGGCUCCGUUGAACCUACUCCAGGAUCGAUGGGAUGGAGCCGUGGAGACCGAAAAAAGCUUCCACUUGGCGAAGAGGGCGCGUGGGGAGUUUGCAGGAGUCCUGCCUGGGAAGACGAAAAAGUGGAAAGAACUCCACGGGAUGCGGUUCCGUUGGGCGCUAGAAGAGGCUCUAGGCGCCGGACUGGUUGAAUUAUUUGACACCGGCAGUGUUGGUCCUGGCGUUCGUUGUCUAUAA